ACAAGUCCCUUAACCUCAUUCUGCCUCAAUUUCCUUAACUGUAAAAUGGGGAUAGCAGUAGCACCUACCUCCCAGUGUCAUUGGGAGGAUCAUGAGUAAUAUUUAUGAACCUAAAAGUACGCAGAGAUGCUAGCUAUUAUUCUUAAAGAUGGGGAAACUGAGGCCCAGAGAGGGAAAAGGACUCGGCCAGGGAACAGAGGUAGUAAGGAUUUGAAACCAGGUCAUUUUAUUCCACAUCCAGAGUACUCCUGCCAUGGACCCUGCCCCUUCCCUUCCUAUCAGUACCCGGGCCCAAAGCCCAGUCUUUAACACCCAGACACUCACACCCACGCUCACACACUCACACUCAUAACUUGGCUUCUGCCCAUUCCUGGGCUCAGGCUUUUGGGGUGGGCCUCCUUGCUCCCCAGCAGCCCCUUGGCCCUGGGCUCACCUUGGGGGGUAGCAGGCAGGGGGCCCCCUGAAGCCCACCUCCCUCAGGGAGCCGCAGAACCUGGCAGCUAGGUAGAUCCUUCCCCCUCUGGGCCUCCUAGGCUGCUCAGGCUCUGGCCAUCUCCCACAUGGGUCAGCCUGGGGGGCGCAGGGAGGGAGGGGUGAGCUUCUCCUCUGCUGGCUCCAUAGAUGCUGGGAAUGGGGGGAGGAGGCCAUUCCCAAAUGGGCAGAAGCUAACAGGAGGAGGGCUGGUGGGCAUAUUCGAUCCCUGACCCCCAUCUGAGAGCCCUUCCCCUGCCACCCCCCUCUUGUGGGUGAGACCUGCCUGGCAGACCCUCCUCCACCCCCCAAUCUGCUCCUGGUCUGGGGCUCUUGGCUUCCUCAGAGGCUCAAACCUUCCUGUGGUAGGGGUGUGGGGGACAGUGAUGGGCCCCGGGAGUGAGGAUGCCAGCCUGGUACCCUGCCUGCCCCCUCCUGACAGACCCCCUGUCCCCAGCUCUCCAACCCCACUGGCUCUGUGUGCUCUCCGUCAUCAUUUGUUUCAUCCCCCAGCCCAGCCCCCCUGGCUCUGGCUAGUUUUCUGGACCCUCUCUGGUUUGGAGCCUGAGCCCUGAAGGCCCAGGCAAACCCCCUCGGGGGGUCCCAGGCAGGCGGGGUCCCCAUUCUCCAGCUCUGUGUUUGGGUGGUCUGAUCCCGCAUGUCCCUCAGCCUCGGGGGUGGGGCAGUCUCUUCUCCCUGCUCAGGCCCCCUUCCCCCCCUCUCCCCCGACCCCCGACUUUGGACUUGUGGCCCGGUUUCUGGUCUUUGUACAAUAAUUUCUCUGUCCCCUUCCCCCUUUGGAAAUGGAGCCUUUUUGUUAAUUAACAUUCUCUGCUCGUUGAUGCUUCCCACCCCCAGGAUGGGUGGGAGAAUAAGGAUAGUGAUGGAGCUCCCGGCCUUGUCCUGUGUGUUCCGUUGUGGUGCCGGGACCCCUGAGAGGGGGCGGGGGAGGGGACUGGGGCCAGGAAACCCCAUUUACCGGCCUCUGCUGACUCAGCGCCUCUAUCUCCCCUAUGCAGCCUCCCGUGGGGUCCCCUCCUCAUGCCUCCUCUUGUCCCUGGCCCCCAAGCCUUGGCGGCUCAGAGUUGGAAGGGUCUCCAGAGACCACCAGCUCCAGCAUCGUACAAUGAGGGGCUGAGGCCCUGGGUGCACCCGCUUCUAUAUUUUCGAUGUGGGGAUUCGGGCUUAGUUCUGCCUGAAUCCGGCUGGGUCUGGUACUGUCCAGCGGCUCCAUCUCCCCUCAGGGCUGGGACCCUCUGGGUCACUCGGUGAAUCAGCUGGAAGGGGCUUUGGAGGGCCAGAAUCCACGACUGCUGUGGGGCCAUCUAGCCUCUGCUAGGAGUCCUCUGACCACAGGGAGCUCACUACCUCUCAGGAGCCCCUGCCAUUUGGGGGUAGCUAUUUGUUAAGUUUUGUCAGACACUGACCUUAAACCUGCCUCCCUGUCACUUCCCACUAUUGCUUCUUGGACUUCUGGGGCCAAGAAGAAUAAACCCAAUCUGAGGGCUCCCUGUUCAUCCCCAGACCAGCACCCCCAAUUCCUUCAAAUGAUGAAAAAAUGCUUCCGAAUUCUAGAGCAUUUUAAAGUAUGUGGAGGGAUUUUCUCAAGAGGACACCAAGAGGGUAAGGUCUACAAACAUGGUUAUGCCCAUUUUACAGAUGUUUCAGAGAGGCUAAGCUGUAGGCCCACCUUCACUCUGCUAGGAGCGGGGAGAGCCAGGGCUGCAUCCUGUCUGUUGACUCCUGCCAGCCCGUGGCUUUCCCCAUUAUACCCACCAGGCUUGAGCCCCCAGCCUUGUCCCUCUGGCCUGGUUGCCUUUAUCAGAAUCCAAGCUCUACAUGAGGGAGCUCCAGUUUUUUUUUUUUUUUACUACAAAUGCUCCCCAAGAUCUGAGCUGGGAGUGAACCUCAGAGGGCAUCUCAUUGGACCCCCCUCAUCUUACAGAUGAGGAAACGAAGACUCUGGGAACUCAAGCUGGGGGCCGCAUAGACAAGAUCUUAGCAUCUUGGAUUUAGAACAGGAAGGGACUCAGGGGCCACCCCUAGUUCAAUCCUCUCCUGUUCAGAUGGGGAAACUGAGGCCCAGAGAGGUUAAGAAAUGCCUAUGGUCAUGUCAGAUUAUAGACUUAAAACAGGAGGGAUUCUCAGAGACCAUCUCUUUUAAUGUCCUAGUUUUCCACAGGGGGAAACUGAGGCCCAGAGUGGAAGGGUCACAGAGAGUCAGGCCCAGUUUUUGUAGCUACCACAUCAGUCUAGUAUUGAACUUGCAUCCCACUAAGACCCCCAGAUCUUUUUCAUGUGAAUCGUUGUCCAGACAUACCUCCUUCAUCUUGGACUUCUAUGGAGCCUCACCUUCUGGCUUGUCUUUUCACCUCCCUCUUCCCUGUCCCACCCUGCCCCAGCCCUCACUGGCUGUCUCCCUCUUUCCUGUAGGCUGAUGGGUUGGGAGGGGCGGGCCUCUGCCUUAUCUCUGGCUGCUUUACUCUGACCACUAUCCCCUGGAGGGGGAUAGUGACCACACUAUACCCGGGAGGGCUCAGUUCGGGAAGGUCAGCCUGUCCAACCCCUGUCAUCUUCUAUCUGCUCUGCCCUACCAGCCAGGGGCCAUGGGUUCUGGGCUGCUGCUGGGACCCUGGGCCCUGGGCCUCCUGCUGCUGGCCUCCGUCCGCCGGGCCUCGGCCUGUCCCCCUCGCUGUCGCUGCGCUGGCGACCUGGUGGACUGUGGGCACCAGCACCUGACGGUGGCUGGCCUGCCCAGGGCCUUCCCUCCGAGCACCACUGAGGUCAUCCUUCAAGCCAACAACCUGAGCAGCCUGCCCGUGGGCCUCUUCGACGGGCUGCCCCUCCUGCGCCUGGUGCACCUGGGGGCUAAUCCCUGGCACUGUGACUGUGGCCUCUCCUACCUGUGGGCCUGGCUGGGGGCGCAGCAGAACCGCAGGGCCUACCGGGACCUGCGCUGUUCCGGGCCCCCCCGGCUUCGGGGCCGCCUCCUGCUCUAUCUGGGCCCCGAGGAGCUGCAGGCCACCUGCGGGGUGGCUGGUUGCAGCCAGGCACUGGGGGCCCAGCUCGCCCUGCUCUGCCUGCUCUUACUCCACGCCCUGCUGCUGCUUUUCCUGCUGAUCCAACUGUGGCGCUACCGGGCGCUGACCCGUGAGGCGAGGCUCACUGCCCAGGAUCUGCUGCCUCUGGCAGACCAGACCCCCUGACCUGAGCGGGCUGAGCCGGGGCCGGCGUCUGCUCACCCAAUACCCCUGCCUGGCCUGGCCUGCCCUGCCCUGCCCUGCCUGGGGCCAAUGCCCCCCUGAUCUGACCUGAGCAGUGGCCAGGGACUGCUCCCCUCAACCCACCUAAUGCCCCUGCCCUGCCCUGCAUGGGGCCAGUGCUACCCUACCCUAACCUGAGCAAAGGCCCAGGCCUGCCCCUUGGUGUGACUCACCUCCUCAAGCCUCCCCAGGUCCCACAGACUGAUCCCCCUGAUCCAUAGGGAAAGAGGUAUACCCCGCAGCUAGGGCUACCCAUUCCCCUGUGCCUCCCCAGCACCAGAGUCCAAGACUCUCUGACCUGGCUUCCUUCACGGAUGGAAGGCUUCAUUGCUGACUUCAUCCUCUGUGGCAGAGGGGCAAAGACUCUGUGGUCACAGGCCUUCCAGCCCCCUUGAGGGGGAAUCCUGCCCAAGGCCUGAGCUCCUCUCCAGGGUGGCCACACCCUUCAAACCUACUUCUUCCUCCCGGCCCAUGGCUGUCUGACCCUCUCCCAGCCUUCUCUCUAACUACUCUGGGCCACCCCCAUCCCUGAGCAGAGGCAGCAAAUGCUUUGGGCGUCCUAUUCAGUAAGGACUCUGACAGGUAGUCAUGUGUCUGGGGAAGGGCAAAGGGCCCAGAAGUGCCCUCCACCAAGGAGGGCCCAUUGGAGGAACUGGAGAAGAGAAGACUGAGGGGGCAGAGGAGAGCUCUGUCCAAGUGUCUGGACAGCUUGGGCCCACAGGGCAGGGUCUGGAGGAGAUGAGAGCUGCCCCACUGGAAGGGCUUCCCCAUGAUGGGAGGUCUUCAGGCAGAAGCUGGAGGCGUCUUGUUCGUGGAUAGGCUGGGCCCAUUGGCCUUGGAGGGAUCCUUCCAUGCGUGUGAUUCGGAGAUGGCCAUCCCAGAGCCACCCUUUGGAAGUCCCAGAUCCCAUAGAGCGGUCUAGCAGACGCCCCUUCUGUCAGCACAGAGAAUCCUCAGGCACAGCAGAGGGCCAGUGUGGCCCAAAGCACUGAUCCUGGAGCGUUUGGCUCUCUAAAAUGAGGAGGUUGGAUUAAGGGGCUUCUAAGGUCCCUUCCAGCUUUCAGGUCCGGGGACCUUGGGGUGGCCUGGGUCUCUGACCCACCCAGGACCCGGUGGCAAGGUCAGGGGAGUGGGAGGGAGAGGAAUGAGUCCUAGAACAAACUGUGGGGCUUAGUGACCACUGAGGCAGCUCCAUCAGGCUCCCGGGGAAGGCACACAGUUGGCCCUACCCAGAGAAAGGGCCAGAAUCGUGUGCUACAGUUCUUUGAGAGGGUCAAGCUCCAGCUUGGGAGGAAGCGUGUGUGAGGGUGGGGUGUGGGGGGCUUAUUAAAAUAAACCACUGACCCUAGGAUUGGUAGGACUAUGUCAUCUGGAAAGGGAGAAUUGGGACUACCAGGCUCCUCUCUGAACGUACAUACAAUGGGACUGUAAUGGUGUCACUGGGUGUUUAGGGGCUGGGGGUGGGGGAUGUGUUCCAUGUUCUUUCGUGCCCUUUUACCCCUUUCUCUUGCCUCCUGGAUCCUGGAAGGAGAGGGCGAUAACUUGGUAGUACUGAGAGGGCCAAAGGUCAUGGGGCUUAGCGAGGUGGGGAGCAAUUAUUGGCUGAAGACAGCCCAGGGAGUUUCAAAACCUCAUUUAUGGUUUACAUGAGUUAUUUACCACCAGUGCCCCCAUUCUAUCAGCUCAAUAGCCUUUUGAAUUCUGCAUUAUCAGAGAGCACUAUGGCUCAGCAGGGAAGGAACCCAUCCAAGGAAAUGUACCCUUUGAUAUUGGCAGCCUUAGAAGAAGCCCCAUUCACUUAGUCCUGGUUGCAGUGCUGGUCGAACCACCUCAGGUGCAAUUCCACUUACUACCUGGGAGUGUCCCUCCCCAUGAAAGAAGGGACUGGAUCUCCAAUGUCCCUCCAUGCUCCCCAACUGCUUCGCCCUGUUCUCUAGAGCAAGGGUGUUUCUGACUGGCUUUUUGUACAUUUACCCAUGGAGAUUCUUUCCUGGCAGAUAAAUCCCUGAGAAUUUGAGAAUUUAUCACAGCAGUUUGGGGGUCUAUGAGGCAGAAGGAGGGAGGAGAGAGGGAGAGGGGGAGG